AUGUGCAGUGGAGGGUUGGACAGUACAUAUCUCAUCUAUCGCCUUCACAAACUCGGCUUCUCAAACAUCCACAUCGUCGUUGUCGAUGUCGGUGGGGAGAUUGAUAUGAUGACACUGGAGACACUUGCCUCAAAGUACAAUGCAAUCUUCAAGUGUCUUUCUGGUAUCAAGCCAUUCAUCGAGAAUGUCGAAAUGGCUGUUCGUGCCCACGCCAUGGCGUAUGAUCUGUACCCCAUCAGCAGUUCUUUGAGUCGUCCUGUCAUUGCUGGUCUUAUCACCAACUAUGCGAACAAGGUCGGUGCUGAACUGCUGCUUCAUACAGCCAAUCUUUCUCAGAAUAGUCUUCCGAGGCUGAACCAGUCUAUUCAAAGAAAUGGAUUUCAAGGACCUUUCGGGAGUCCAUAUGUGAAGUCGACAAUUUCACGGGAUGACAAGGCAUGGGAACUGGUCAAUGCAGGUUUCCCCAACAUGGCACAUCGAAAGCUUAGUGGUGAUGAGAACCUCUGGUGUCGUGAGUUUGAGAAUGGUUCAGUAGAUGAUCCCGAGGGCUUCUCGGUCCCUGACAAUGUCUGGGAGUGGACUCGAGAUGGCAAAGCUUACAGCCCUGAGAAAAUCACACUUGAGUUCGUAGACGGUCUUCCCGUCGCCGUGAACGGGAUCAGACACACCAUGGUAGACAUGAUCCCUCUUCUUAACAACAUGGUUGGGAAGUUUGGCCACGGUCGGUCGGUCGGCCUCGAAGCUAUAGCCACUGGUCAGAAGGUCUUGGAGCUGAGAGAAGCUCCCGCAGCGACCAUCAUCAUGAAUGCACGACGUCAUAUCGAGACAGCUACAUUGUCAACCGACACCUUGAGACACAAACGUAAUCUUGAGGAGCAGUGGGUUGAUGAAGUCAUUGCUGGACGUUGGCAGAGCAAGAUUCAUCAAAUGUGCGAAGCUGCUAUCGUAGCUGUAUCGGUAGGCGUGACUGGUACCGUCACUUACGAUAUUAGUCACACACGACUGUUCCCUUGUUCUUUCAAGGCAGCAAAACCCUUGUAUAUCUGUGAUCGUGAUGUAUGGGAGCAUGAGGCGGCCCUUGAGAGUUGCGCGAAGACUACCGAUGUUAUUCGCUUUUUGAGAAAUAUUGCUUAA